AUGAAAGGCACACGGCAUCCGACCGCCCGGUCGGGUGCGAGGACACUCCUCUGCUGUCUAGUGCUUUCCCAAAGCCUUCUUCUAACCCUCGCCCAACAGUUACAACCACAGUCGAACGAUGUCAACCGCUACAACCCUCAGGAUCCGUUCGGCAGCAGCCGGCAACAGUACAACCCUCAGCAGUACGAUCCGAACUCGCGAACCAACCAAGGCCUAGGAUCGCCAACAUCCGGCUCGAACAAUCCACGCGAUUACUACGGCAACAAUCAGGACACGAACAGCAUCGACGGGAACCGGGUGGGGUUGGAUGGAAACCGUAACGUCGUGUUCCAGACGACCACUCCGCGGACGUACUUCAACCGCCAGACGUCACCCCGGUCGCGUGGCGGAAGUUCGUUCAACAACCCGUUCGUGAGCGACUUCGCCGCGGGGAAUCAGUUCUCGCGAGGCAUCACCUACUUCAUCGUCGCCUCGAAGAUGGUACGACCGGGACAGGUGUACAAGGUGUCGGUAUCGGUGCUCGAGUCGCACCUGGCACUGAGCGUACGGGCCAGUAUUUCCCGGGACGGGGUCGAGCUGAGCAGCGAAACGAAGCCGAUCACGGUCGGUGUGCCGGAAACGCUGCUGAUGCGCGUCCCACCGACGAGCGUCGUCGGCGAGUACAAGCUGCGCAUCGAAGGAUCGUACGAUAAGAACUUUGGCGGGUACGUGUUCGCGAACGAGACGAAGCUCAUCUUCUCCCAGCGCUCGAUGACCAUCUUCGUGCAGACGGACAAACCGGUGUACAUGCAGGGUGAGCUGGUGCGCUUCCGGGCGAUCCCGAUCACGACCGAGCUGAAGGGUUUCGACCGCGAGAUGGACGUGUACAUGCUCGAUCCGGCUGGCCACAUCAUGCGCCGGUGGUUGUCGCGCCAGUCGAACCAGGGCUCAGUUAGCUUGCAGUAUCAGCUGGCCGAUCAGCCCGUGUUCGGCGCGUGGAAGAUUCGCAUCGAGGCGCAGGGUCAGAUCGAGGAGACGCAGUUCCAGGUGGAGGAGUACUAUCAGACGCGCUUCGAGGUGAACGUCACCAUGCCGGCGUUCUUCUUCACCACCGAGGAGUUCAUCCACGGGCGCAUUAUGGCCAACUUUACCAACGGCACGCCGGUGAAGGGCAAUCUUACGCUGAAGGCGACGAUCCGCCCGGUCGGUUUCUUCAACCCGGAAGCGAUCAACCAGAUGAACCGCGUAGGAAAUCUCGGUCGGCUGAACAAUAACAACCAGGAGAACAUACCAUACUAUCUGCUCAAGUCCAACCCGGAGCUGUACGGCAACAACAACCCGCAGAACAGUUUCACCAGUCAGAUCGGUCGCGAACAGGCCGGCUACGAUGGCACGCAGGACACCAGAGGCGGUAACUACGACGGACGGUUCACAUCGAACAGCUACCAGGACUCGUACGUCGUCGAGCGGCACCUGGACUUUAACGAGGAGUGGCCCUUCUGGAUCAAGAAACCGAUCGACACGGCGGAACAGUGGGAUUCGUGGACCAACACGUACCGGGAGGAACUACCAUACCUGCGGUUCUUCAACGGCACGUAUCACUUCCGCUUCCCGAUGCGCGAGCUGGCCCGGCUGGUGCCAAAUCUGUCCGGCAUGGAGAUCUUGUUUACGGCACGCGUUGGCGAGCGGUAUUACAACGAAAUCGUCGAGGGGUACGCCAUGACGCGCGUCUACAAUUCAUCCAUUCGAAUCGCUUUCCUUGGAGAUUCACCACAGGUCUUCAAACCAUCGAUGCCGUUCAGCGUGUUCUUGAUCGCCGAAUACCACGAUGGAUCACCAAUCCCACUGGACGAGUUCAACGCUGGCCGGAUGGAGGUGUCGGGCACCAUCGAAAGCCGUGCGUCCGGUGGCCGCAGCACACUGGAACCGCGCAUUCUCACGAUGUCACAGAAUCCGGGCGUGUGGGAAAUGAAAAUCGACAUCCGCAACGAUCUGCGGCUCGAGAACACGAAGCAAACGAACGAAUUUCUCAACGAAAUACAAUCGAUGCGGCUUACGGCCAACUUUAUCGCCCCACUAGACGAGCGGUCCUCGUACGAGCGAGGGGCCACACCGGAGCGGGCUUCAACGGAGCUGCUCCUACUGUCGCACUUUAGCCCAAACAACCAUAAUAUCAAGGUAUACACGAGCACCACCGAUGCGAAGGUCGGCGAAUACAUUACGCUGCACGUGCAGAGCAACUUCUACGUGAAGGACUUCCACUAUCUCGUCAUGUCGAAGGGCAUAAUUCUGAUAACGGGCCACGAGAACGUGGAGGGUGGCGGUGUGAAGACGAUGUCGAUUACGCUGAGCGCCGAAAUGGCACCGGCGGCCACGAUCGUCGUGUGGCACAUCGGGCGCUACGGGAAACUCCUGUCGGACAGUCUCACCUUCCCGGUGAACGGUAUUUCGCGGAACAAUUUCACCGUGUUCAUCAACAACCGAAAGGCGCGCACCGGGGAGAAGGUGGAGGUGGCCAUCUACGGUGAACCGGGCUCGUACGUGGGACUUUCCGCGAUCGAUAACGCGUUCUACACGAUGCAGGCUGGCAACGAGCUGACGUACGCGAACGUCAUCACGAAGAUGCUUUCGUUCGACGAGCACACGAACGGGACGUUCAAGAAAACGUGGGUUUCACACAAUGGCGAUCCGGAUGAGCUCGUGUACUAUCCGGCCUCAACGUUCGGAAUCGACGCGAACAGGACGUUUGAGUAUGCUGGGUUGGUGGUGUUUACGGAUGGCGUGGUUCCGAUGCGUCCAACCCUGUGCGAUCAGUCGUUAAACUACAGCGAGUGCUUGAACGGACGCUGCUACCGAAUGGACAAACGGUGCGAUGGGUAUAUGGAUUGCGAGGACGGUACGGAUGAGGCCGGCUGUGACGCGCGUAACGAAACGCUGCUGAUCGAGUUCCGCAAGUAUCGCUUCAACCGCAUCCUGCGUCACUAUCAGAACGUGUGGCUUUGGAAGGAUGUCAACAUUGGGCCACACGGUCGGUUCAUCUUCAACCUGGAGGUACCUCAGGUGCCGGCACUCUGGUCGGUGUCCGCGUUCGGUAUCAGUGGGACGCGCGGGUACGGGAUGAUCCGCCGCCCGCUCGAGUACGUCGGAGUGCAGCCGUUCUUCAUCAACGUCGAAAUGCCAACGGUGUGUCAUCAGGGCGAGCAGGUCGGCAUUCGUGUGGCCGUAUUCAAUUACCAGACGGUGGACAUUGAAGCGACUGUGGUACUGCACAGCUCGCCGGACUAUCAGUUCGUGCACGUCGAAGAGGAUGGCAUCGUGCGAUCGUACAAUCCGCGCACCUCCUACGGUGAGCAUCAGUUCUACAUCUACCUGAACGCACAAGACUCCACGAACGUGUACCUACCGAUCGUACCGUCCCGGCUCGGCGAGAUCGAGGUCACGAUCCACGCCUCAACGUUGCUCGGUGCGCAUCAGAUCAGCCGUAAGAUUCUGGUCGAAGCGGACGGGCUCGUGCAGCACCGGCAUCACUCGAUUCUGCUCGAUCUGCGCACUCGGCCACUGCUGGUGCAGUACAUGCACGUGAACGUCACCGAAACACCAAUCAUUCCGUACGAAAUCGAUCGCUACUACGUGUUCGGCUCGAAUCGGGCCCGCAUCUCCGUCGUCGGUGACUCGGUGGGAACCAUCUUCCCGACGAUGCCCGUCAACGCUAGCUCGCUGCUGACACUGCCGAUGGAUUCGGCCGAGCAGAACAUGUUCAGCUUUGCGGCCAACUUCUACACCAUCAAGUACAUGCGUGCCAGUACGCUGCGGGACAAGCGGGUCGAGCGGCAGGCGUUCCACUUCAUGAACAUUCUCUACCAGCGCCAGCUGAGCUAUCUCACCGAGAGCGGCGCGUUCUCGCUGUUCCGCUCGGACUGGAACCAGUCGGCACCGUCCGUCUGGCUGACGGCGUACUGUGCGCAGGUGUUCGGCGAGGUGGCCGGCCUGUACGAGUACGAAAACUUUAUCUUCAUCGAUCCGUACAUGAUACAGAAGAACAUGGCCUGGUUGCUGCGCCACCAGAAGGACGAUGGUUCGUUCUGGGAAGUCACCUGGCUGCCCGAUCGGAAGGCAAACAGUUCCGGGUUCUUCUCGCGUAACGAGGCGGUGCGGGAGAAAAAUAUCACACUGACUGCGCACGUCCUUCUAACGCUGACCACCGUUAAUCUUCCGGCGGGGAGAUUGGCAUCACGGGUUGCACUGGCGCAGCAAAGGGCAUUACAGUACUUGCAGCGUAAUCUAGCGACGAUAAAGGAAGCGGGUUCACCAUACGAGAUUUCGAUCGUCGCGUACGCCCUCAUGAUAGCGAAGGCUCCGAAAGCGGAGGCAGCUUUCACAAUGCUGGCGGAAAAAAUGCGGACAAUCGGUGAAUUUAACUACUGGGGUAACGAUGAGGUGCCAUUGCCACCGACAAAGCUGGAAAAUCAGCGUUACUUUUCACUGCCCCGGUUGCCUUACAAAUAUGACUCGCUGAACAUACAGACCACGGCCUAUGCGCUCCUUACGUACGUCUCUCGCCAGGAGAUUCAAGUCGAUCCGAUCGUGGCGUGGUUGAACGCACAGCGUCUUACCGACGGCGGUUGGGCUUCCAGUCAGGACACGGGGCUAGCGAUGAAGGCCCUUACCGAGUACAGUACGCGCAAUCGUGUGGCAAACGUUACGGAGCUAGCGAUCGAAGUGGAGGCCACCUCACUGCCCGGGGAAACUCGAAAACUUCACAUCACACGCAAAACCAUCGGCCAAGGACAGUACUUGGAGGUGCCCAACGCUUGGGGUACAGUGCGAGUGCUCGCCACGGGAACGGGUUACGCCAUCCUGCAGAUGCACGUCGAGUACUCGGUGGACACGUACAAGUUCCAGACGGAACCGCCGGUUCCAGCGUUCGAGCUUACCACCAGCACUCUGUUCCACGGAAGGAAUCAGUCUCACAUUAGCUACGUCAUUUGUCAGAGAUGGAUCUACACGGAAGAAUCAAUCCGUUCCGGCAUGGCAGUGCUGGAUGUGGCCGUACCGACUGGGUACAUGAUCCAGCAGCAGAAACUGGACUCGUACAUUCUUAGUCAGCGUGUCCGUAAUCUUCAGCGGGCUCGGUUCCAGGAGCGUAAAGUGCUCUUCUACUUUGACUAUUUGGACGACGAAUUCGUGUGCGUAAACUUUACGCUCGAAAGGUGGAUGCCGGUUGCCAAUAUGUCCCGCUACUUGCCAAUACGGGUCUACGAUUACUAUGCACCAGAACGAUUCAAUGAGACGAUCUUCGAUUCGCUCCAAACGUAUCUGCUAAACAUCUGUGAAGUGUGCGGCAGCUCCCAGUGUCCGUACUGUUCGAUCUACAAUCUGGCCGUGCGGGCACCGGUUUCGGCCGUGCUGAUGCUGCUCGCAGGGCUCGCGGUCAUCGCACGCCACUACCGAAUAGUGAACCCGAACAGUUGGAUCUUCUGGAACGACUAAUAAUGACACGGGGAAUCACAAAAAAGAACGACAAUCGUGAGCAAAUUCAAGCGACGGACGGCGAGGAGAAGUGGUUAAAGAUUACCGUUUAAACAGCUUACAUCGUUAGUUUAUUAUUUUUUAUUAUUACUAUUUACACACCGAAUGGGGAAAUAAUGUGUAAAAGAUUUGUGGCCGCAUAAGCAAUCAUCACAGGGCAUAUAAAAAAACUACACGAAAAGGAAAUGCCCAUGUAAAUAUGACUUCUUCAGCGCAACAGUGGCGCUUUACGUGAAGAAUCUCUGAGUUUCCACGAGCGAAAGGAAUUCGAAAGGAUUUUGAUUGUGUCCAUUUCAUCCUUCAUUUUUCGCGUUUAAGAUACUGGAAACCCUAGCAUUAAUAAGCCAUCCGUUUAGUGAAGAAUUAGAAGAAGUUCAAGAAACGUAACGGAGAUCGUUUUUUUUUUUUAAUGAAAAAAGUGUAAAGAAGAAAUCGUUUCUUUUUUUUUUGUCAAUCACGAAAACAUGUAGAACGCUUUUCCAUCUGAUGCAGAAGAAAUAAGCAAUUUACAAAGACUAGAACGUAAGCUAAAGCAGGCAAGAUCGAAACACCCGAAAAAGGUGGUUCACAAUGUUUGGCUUUCCGACGCCACGUGUUCAGUGUCGCUUUUGCGUUUAGAUUUUACUUUCGUGCUAUCGUUGACAUAUGAAUUUUUUUUAAACUAAAAUCAAUCCGCCCAUUUUUUUCAUAUCUUCAGCAUCUCUCGUCCUUAUUUUUACUAUUAAAAGUUAUCUUGUAAAUGUCUAAGUUCGCAACUUAAGAGAGAAAAUGAAAGAGUUUAUAUGUGCAUCUCGAAGCAAAGCAAGGCCGUCCAUUAUGAUUCUGGUCAAGUUAAUCAUUUCGCGCUCUUUAAUUUACUUACGUUUUUAUAUCUUUUUUUUUAAAGAAAUUUUACUUUUUAUGCACGUAAUAAUAUGUAGUGUUUUUUACAAUCGGCAGCAGGAGGAUAAAGUUGAGGUUAAGCCCAAAACAAGAAAAGCUCCUUUUUGAUAGACUUUUGGUGGAGGGAUAACCUCGAAAUAAAAGCCGGGUGCCGAAGCAUUCGAACGAUUACUCGAACGGAACGACGAACGGUACAAAUUUGUUAAGGUGCCUUAGCGUGUGUUUGUCGUAUGGGAGAAAAAAAAAACAACAUGACGAAACCUCAAACCUCCACAAAACUCGGGAAACACCAGAUGAUAGCACCAGAGAGCAGUAAAGAGCAAGCAUUAUUAAUCCAAUCCGUGACGAGGAUUUUUCACGGAAGAGGUAGUUUUUCCUCUUGGUCACCUUUAGUAGAAACGAUUACGAUAUACAUAUUUCCUUGCCACAAUUUAUUAACCGACGACCAUGUGUUACGGAAGAAAAAGCGUGUAUUAUAAAGCCAUAUUUGGUUGGAAUUCGUAGUUCUUUUCCUGUUUUGUUUCGUGCAUAUCAGCAAUCAGCGUAAGAGUAUUGAAACAGUCUGUAGUAUUACGAACGAAACACGAGGCCCGUGGAUUCGUUGAAAAGAUUUAGAAGUACACGAUGUGGAUUGAGGAAUGUAUCUUUCCCUGAUAACAAGUCUAAUCGUGCAAACGUAGAUGGAAUGGUAAAGCAAUGAAAUAUUCUUAGGUCCAUCUUUCAAUAAAGAAAAUUUUCAUCACAAAACCGAGUUCAAACGGGGUGUUUCUUUUGUUUCAAGACAAGCCUCAUCAUGUUUAGAACAAAAAAUAAGUAGAAUUAAAACCAGUUGGUACCAUGAAAAAGAAAAAUAAAAAACCAAUCUUUCUUAGGUAAACCAAAGUUCUU